AUGGGCUUCUUCAGUGGGCGCGCGUGCUGGGGAGAUGCCGCCAGACAGAAUGAGUUCACUGGCCCCAGCCUUUGUGCUGCAGCCAGGCCAGCCACUCAGCGCAGACCCGUGGCCCCCUGCAACUGCCGGGCGGUACCUGGCCUGGCGUGCUGCCCCCGGUCAUUUCUUCGCAGUUGCGCUCACGACGUUGCCGUGCAAAUUGAACAUAAAACAACCGCGCAGCGACGGGCAUCACAAGCUCUCAGGCCGCUCCGGCCACUGCUCCCCCUCCCCGGCACCUCUGCUAUACUAACCCAUAGGACCAGCCACUUCGAGUAUUCUUUGGAAAGCCUCGCUUUGGCAGCGAGAGUACGUCUUCUUCUUCGAGAUCGGCCUAAAGCUCACCAACAGCCGCAUCAGGAAAUCGAAAAGACACACUCGUCUUGUUUCACCGCCAGCCGUCAUCUCCCCCGGCACGAAUCAUAUUCUUCGCAACUCUACAGCACAAUGUCAUCGGCUCUGGCUCGGGUGAGCACACCCGCGAAGCAGGUCGCGACAGCCCCAGCGGCCAAUAGCCCAGGCACAUGGAGACAUCCCCGACUCCACGAAAUCGCCAGGCGCCGUGAUGCCUCAAAUUUCUCCGAGAAGAAUGUGCGGCGCAUUAUCUAUAAUAUCAUCGCCUUGCUGUUGAUGUGGUGCCUCCAGCUGCUGGCCAAGUUCAAGAUCGACGCGCAAAUGUUCCCCAAGCCGUUUCGACAAUACUUUGGCUGGGCGUGGUUUCUCGUUCAGCUGGUGCCCUUCAUCCAGAUUGGCAUGGCAUGCCUGCCGCUUGUCCGCCCCAAGGACGAGCUCUCCGAUAUCCCGUUGACGGCUACGCAGCGGAAACUGCUGGGACUGAACCCGGCACUUGGCACAGUAACUCCCGACGCAACAUUCAGCACCCCGCCGAGAUAUUCGCGAACGCCGUCCAUGGCUGGUUCUUUGGGGAGCAGAGCUAGUUACAACGGCUCUCCUCUCGAAGGACGAGGAAGCCCGGUCCCUUUUUCUCCAUCUCAGAGCUUUGCCGGCUCCAUCUCCCAAUUCUCCCCUCAUCCCAUGGGAAGUCCUCUAUCACAGAGUGUUAAUGGCAUGAGCCAUAGUACAUCUUCUUUUGGAUCACCAAGCGCCUUUAGCAGUUCCUUCAAUGGCGGCAACUUUGGCGCGGGCGGCAACUUUGGCGCGAGCACCUCGUCAAAUGUCUUUUCUGAUCCCGCCUCACCAAGCCCGUCAGCAGGUAAGAGGACAAGCAUUGGGCUCAACAGCAAGUGGCUGUACGAAAAGGGAAGAAAAUCAACCUCAGGGAGCACUUGGGUUCACUGA